UGCCACCCAGCGAGCACCACUUUCCUUGGGCAGCAGACAGACGAUCCAGAGGCUGGGGAGUCAGUAGAGACACAGCCCAGCCCGUCUCAGCUCAGCACAGCCCAGCUCAGCCACUUCAAGAGGCAGGGGAGGGGAGACACUAGCGCACACAGCCAACGCUGCAACGUACACACACACACACACAAUCACACAGACAAACACUCCUCCUCUCUCCCUCUCUCUCCCUCUCUCCCUCUCUCUCUCUCUCUCUCUCUCUCUCUCACUCUGGUGCUCGGCUCCGCACAGCUCCUCCACUCAUUUGCUGCUGAUUCACUCGCUCACUCGCUUGCCUGUCUUCUGCCAGUCGCUCUGCCUUGCUGCGCUCUGCCUGCCUGCCUGAGAAUGGUCCAGCCGGUGCCUGGGGGUCUGCUGUCGCGGCCUGUCUGAACACACGCAUAAACACAGAGUCAAUCGACACGCGGAAGCAAACACACACACACACAAACUGGAGAGCAAUGUGAGAGAGGAAGUGCCUUCCCUGAUGUCUGCUGCAGCUUCGACCUGCUUCUACAGCUGAAGCUCCACCCUCCCUGCCCCCCGCCUCGCUCGCUUGCUGCCACAGUAACACAAGUACAAGGACAGCAGCCGUACCCACCUCGCAGCCUACGCUCCGACCUGCUCGUCCAUCCACCGCCAUUACCAUCCAGUCCACGCAGUCGGGCUCCAGCCUCAGCUCUCCUCACCAGACGGCCCCGCUGCCAACUGCCCUCCACCACUUACCACAGCAGCGCAACACACCACCAGGCCCACGCAGCAUCUCACCCACCUUGCCUUUAACCUUCGCCUUCAACCCUCUAAGCCUCCACUCGGUCCUCAGUGUCCUUAACCUUCCUGUAGCAGGCUACACCCAGACUAUCACCUUUGUUGCCUGCGUCACUGCACCUAACCAGAGGGCUCUUGAUUUGGCCUGUUCAUCUGUUUGUGAAUGUUGUAUGUUCGGCAAGCAAAGUCGGGCCAAGAGCAGCAACUUCAUUUGUAGGUUAUCGUCUCCUGGAUAUAAACACUUUCUCUUUGGUUGAUUGAUCAGGAAAUUCAUCCAAUAACAUUCGUCCUGCAACAUUUCACUUCGGAAAAGGAGCCCUCCCAAUCAAUAGGAACUUUAUUUUGAAUGUUUCAUUUCAAGGUCACAUACACGUAUAAGAGAAUUUAACAACGAAUAAAUAAACAAAGACCUUUAAGUUGUGGAUUAACACACAAGAGGUACUUUAUUCACGCUUGAACAGAUUUCAGCUCGGAAUAACUUUUGCCAGCGUGUCGCCAUGGCUAUGGCAAACAUGGCACACAUCCGUGACACAAAGUGGCUUACGCUCGAGGUAUGCAGGGAGUUCCAGAGGGGCACGUGCUCACGCUCGGACCAGGAGUGCAAAUUCGCUCAUCCGGCCAAGAGCUGUCAGGUGGACAACGGACGGGUCAUCGCCUGCUUUGACUCACUCAAGGGCCGUUGUUCCAGGGAGAACUGCAAGUACCUGCACCCUCCUCCCCACCUAAAGACCCAGCUGGAAAUCAAUGGCAGGAACAACUUGAUCCAGCAGAAGAACAUGGCCAUGCUCGCUCAACAGAUGCAGCUCGCCAACGCCAUGAUGCCUGGCACGCAGCUACCACCUAUGGUGAGAGGACACACACGUAUGAACAUACCACAGCUACUGCCCACGCCCAUGUUCUCGAUGACGCCAGGCCUGGCUACCAAUGCCAGUGCAGCAGCAGCAGCUGCAGCCGCAGCCUUUAAUCCCUACCUGAGCCCUGUGUCACCAGGCCUGAUGCCCCAGGAGAUCAUGCCCAGCACCCCUGUCCUCAUGGCCUCCAGCCCCACCGUCAGCCAAGUCCCGAACGCUGCCGCUGCUGCGGCCCAGAAACUGCUGAGAACAGAUAGACUUGAGGUGUGUCGGGAAUAUCAGAGGGGCAACUGUUCUCGGGGGGAGAACGACUGUCGCUUCGCCCACCCCGCAGACAGCACCAUGAUAGACACCAACGACAACACCGUCACCGUGUGCAUGGACUACAUCAAGGGUCGAUGCUCUCGGGAAAAGUGCAAGUACUUCCACCCGCCAGCCCAUCUGCAGGCCAAAAUUAAGGCAGCCCAGCACCAGGUGAACCAGGCCACAGCCGCCGCGGCCAUGACUCAGUCGGCUGUCAAAUCACUGAAGCGACCCCUCGACGCAACCUUUGACCUGGGCAUCGCCCCUAGUGUCAUGGCUCCCCUGCCCAAGCGGGCAGCCCUGGAGAAGGCCAACGGGGCCUCUGCCGUGUUUAACACCGGCAUGCUCCAGUACCAACAGGCCCUGGCCAGCAUGCAGUUUCAGCAACAGGCUGCUUUCCUCCCAUCAGGCUCAAUAUUGUGCAUGACACCUGCAGCCAGCGUUGUUCCCAUGAUGCACGGUGGUACUCCAGCCACUGUGUCUGCAGCCACCACAUCUGCCACAAGCCCCUUCGCAACUGCCUCCACCAAUCAGGACUCUUCCUUAUCAAAGUUGACUACCAACGAAUACAUGCAAUUGAUUCCAAUAAUAUCUGCAGAUCAUCUGAGUAGUCACAAGUACUUGACUCAAAUGUAGUUCCUCUCAAGAACAAUCAAAUGAAUGUGUGCUGGCACCGUCCAAGCCAAAAGAGUUCAGCCUUUAUGUACAUAACCUUCAGAAUGUCAAGCAAUGGGACAACAAGGAGGGUCUGCCAUCUCUUAGCCGGUCCACGACGAUGGUCUCAUCACACGUGUAAACAUCAAGGGUGCAACACAUGAUCUGUGCCAUCUCCCCACAUAUCAACGUCAAGAGGGAUUUGUUGUCAAAUUCAACGUCCAGCUGAGAGAGGAGGAUAUCUUGGUGCCGGGGUCAGUGUGUCUCUCCCUCUGCGGGGAAGCGUUCACAUAACACCUCUGUGUCUGACUAAAUCAUAGCACUCAAUUUGUUCUAAUUAUUAUCAUUACCGCACGCACAGAAGGUCAAGAGCGUGGUUGCAUAAUAGCAACAUCCAGUGCUGGUACGUUGUUAGACCAAGAUCUGUCUUUCCUUUUUUAUUUGUUCUGCUUUAUUUUGUUUUUAAUUGAUAGCCAUAUUUCAUAGUUUACAAGUGUAAUGCAAACACGCACCUUGAAUUUGAAUUGAAAUCUGAAAGGCACAAUGAUUUUAACAGGAAUUUUAUUCGCCAAAAGAAUAAGGCAUGUACAGUAUUGUGUUUUGGUUUUUUUUUUUUUUUUUUACGGCUACUAGUGAAACUAGAUGUUGAAAUGAGGGUCUUGGACAUAUGAAUGUUCUGGGUAAACCAACAUACCUGUGUACCUUGAAAGCACAGCCAGGCUAGCUUUUCUCACCUUGUCAUGUGCCAUCAAGGCCAUACAGCUAAAACCAGAGUGUUAUCUCAGCAGUGUUAUUUGUUUACCGAAGGUAAAGGUUUUGUAUGGCUCUUUUUGUAUUGUUUUGGUUUCAGAAUCUCCAUUGUGAGUGUUUUGUUUUGAUUUGUUUUUUUUUUACUUUUCUCUAAUUAAUCAGUUUUAGAAGUGGGGUUCUUGCCAAAUUUUUGUUUUUAAUUUUGUUUGUUUUUUCUUUUCAAAUCAAAAAUGGAGGGUUUUUUCUAAAGUUUGUCAUACCUCUUCUCGUAGACUAGUGUUGUUUGUGUUUUGGGAUUAAGUUGUUGCUCAAGUCCAUUGACUCUAAAGCCUGGUGAAGUAGAGGGUGUAGCUUCAAUUGACAUUGCGUUACCUUGUUCUCCAUCUUUUAAAGAGGAGCGACUCUAAAACUGUGUCUCCAAGAAGCACUGUUGAGCCAUGUAUCGAUGGGAAUUUAAAAACAACAGGCCCAAAGGUCUAUUAGGUCAUUGAAAACCACAUGUGCACUUGAAUGAUUGUCUGUCUGGUCACCCUGUUUUAAUUUCAUCCUGAGUGAACUUUCGCUUUUGAGGCAAUGCGACAUGUUGUGUGUUUGUGUUUCCAAGCAAAGCGCGAAGGUUCUCAUUCACUUGUAGAUCUGACUACAGAAACCAAAGCACAGUUUUCCUCUCAAUCAUCUUCACAAAGGGUUACAGAAGCAUCUCCCACGAGGCUUAACUAAGGAAACAUGUUUAUUACCUUUCAUUCAUCUGUCAAUUUUAUGAUCACAUCCCUUUUGUGUUCUCACAGAGGUGUGUAGUGUGUCUUUACCGAUUGUAAUGUACCUAAAGAAGCCUUAGAUUACAAUUAAUGGGUCCCAGCCCAAUCAAAUGUACUUUCAAUCACCAUGCAGGUAAAGAACACCAAUGAUGUUUUAUAGUUCUCUCACAUGCCGCUUAUGAUCUUUUUAUGUUCUUUCUCUCUAUGUAAAAGUAACAAUUACUCUCUUAAAUUUCAUUGAACUUCUGUGUUAUGUACUACUUAAGGAUUUGAAUCUAUUUGAGGUAUGUAGUUGUAGAUUUUUCUUUUUUUUUGCCUUACUAUAUAUUACUUGACAACAUUGAUAUAGCCGUUGUAGAUUUUGAGGUAAUAUGACAUUCAUAACUUUUUCAAACCAUAUAAAUGAUAAUGUGUUGAGUCAGUUUUAAAUAUUCACUUCAUUCAUAUAGCUGGAUGUCUUUUUUCAGAUGAUGUUACAUUAUCAGUUAAUUUUGUUGAUGAAAGACUUUUUUGAUACAAGGAAUGAGAUCAAUUAAUUUGCUGCCACUGCGGCAUCUCUGAGCAGACAAACAGAAAAACUAAUGUUUUAACCAACUUAAAAUUUUCCUUGUAACAUGUCGAGAUCAUGUUUGAAAAUAUAUUGUAUCGAGAUAUAGAUUGUCCAUGUUUUAGAGUAAAAAUUAUUUUCUACUGUAUUCAUUUCAAAAAAAAAAAAAGAUAUGUACUUUUGUUUGAAUAUUUCUUAAGUUUGCCCUGAAUGUCAGGCCAAAACGAGCAGUGAGAUUGACGGGUCUUUGGAUGUUUGGUGGAUAGUAGUGAGAUUAGGAGCGAGAAAGCGAAGACUUCUCCAGACUGGAGAGGUCCGAAAUGCUGCAGAUGAUGAGUUCUAACCUAAGGGACGAAGGUUGACUUUUUGCACUUCUGUAUAUAGUCAAAUGAACAGAGAAAAAAAUGUGUAUCAUAUUGAGAUAUUAUUUUGAAUAAAAAAAGAUCUAUAAUUAUAAGGAAUUUUGUUAGAUUAAUUUAAAUUCUUAAAUUAGAAGACCAGCUAAAAAAAUUGCUUGCAAAGAAGGGCACUAGUUUCUUGGCCAAUGCAUUCAGAGAAAGCUAUGCGCUUUUUGUCUUAUUUUAUCAGUGGCUAGUAUUGCCAGGGAAUGUCGUUGGGGAAUAGAUAUCCCCGUGUCAUGCUAACUCCACCCCUCCUGUGGGAUGACAUAUCCAAUAAUAUCCAUAUAUCAUUUGUUAGACUUGGUCAUGCAGUAUUGCUGCUCCCAUGGUACAUAAAACUUUCAAAAAAUUUGUCUUCUAUUAUAGUUUGAUUUGACUGCAUGUAAAAGUACAAACAUGUAAACAAAAUAAACUGCGUAGUUAUGUAAAGAACGAUAACACAUUCAGAUUACAGAAUACACAGUGAGAUAUGUUUUUUAUUUCAAAUACAGUAGAUAACAUCCACAGUGGGGAGAAAUAAUACUUCAAAAACAAGUCAUCUUACUCUUGUGUGAUAAAAAAAAUAUUUUCCAAGCAAACAUGUUAUUUAUAGAAUGAUCAAAUAUUAGCACUCAUCCACCCCAGAUACUUUCUCAUAGCCAUAUAAUUACAGUCGACACUGACUCACGGAAAGUUGUUCCUGCUAUCAUAGCUGUGCACUCAGCAGGUGAAGGCUCACCACACCAAAUGCAUAUUUGGCAAAUUAGUCUUUGACAUGAAUGUAACAGUCAAACUGGUCAACGUGUUUUUGACUCGCGGCUGCUGUGUUUAGUUGCUACAGAACCAAAGCACCAUUUUCUCCAAACCAGAUGUUCAGUCUCCUGGCUGGAGCCAUGGUUUCUCUUCCCUGCUGGGGGCACAUGUAACGCUUUGACUGCUUUUUACUUGUAAGUGCAACCACCAGUUAUGUAUUUGCUAACAGUUGCCACACAAUAAUGUACUAUUCUGUCUUCAGAUUUGUUUAUGCACAUUUUAUUGUUGCCAUAAUUGACUCUGAAUCUGAAUCUGAAAUCUGAAUAAAACAAUAUUUGAUUUGCUCAUGCAA